UGAACAAAUCAGGGCUUACUCGGUCGGUAACAUGCCAUGAAUACUUCUGAUAGGGAUCCACGGAUGUGAGGAUUCUCCAGCUGACAAAAAUAUAACCUCUAUUUUGAUGCGGAGGAAUUUAAUGGCUUUUUCACAACAAAAUUCCAGAGAUCUGCAAAAUAAGAAGAUUUUGGAGGAACUGCAGCUGAAGAAGCAGAUGCUCCUCAAACAGGGAGUCGCUCCCACACUGUCGAGUUCCCUCAAUCUACCGUCUACAUCAUCUGCAGCUAAUCCAUCCACAUCAGCCUCCAGUGAGGGAUCGAUGACAGCAGUUCAACGAAAUGCCCUAAACAGUGCUCACGCAGCUUCAUUCGGCUACUUCGUCACCCAGGACUCAUCCUUCGGGAAUCUGAUACUCCCAGUGCUCCCUCGAUUCGAUCCCAAGUAA